GGUGAAAAAGUAACCAAUGGUAAUGAAUAUAAAAAUGUUAAAGUAACGGUUAAUUCUAAGAUACCUUUACACGUGCGUGGUGGUUAUAUUCUACCACUACAAGAACCCGCUAACAAUACAAGAUUCAGUCGAGAAAAGCCAUUUAAAUUGAUGGUGGCUAUGGAAAACAUCCCAGGUCGCGGUUUGUAUGCUUCUGGUCAAUUAUUCUGGGAUGAUGGCGAUUCUAUAGAUACUUAUGAAAAUGGAAUGUAUCUGUCCAUGUAUUUUGAGUGUUUUAAGAAUCGUCUGGAUAUUAGAGUACAGUAUGACAAUAUAACUAAUGGAAAUAAACUGAUGGUUGACAGUAUUGAAAUACUGGGUGUAGAAAACUGGAUGAAUUAUGUUCAUGUUAAUGGUAAAGAACAUAACAGAUUUACUAACCACCAAGCUUACAAGAAACUGUUGAUAGAACACAUUGGACUGGAUUUGGCACAAAAUUCGGUUAUUGAAUGGAGUCGGAAGAGAGAAGGAACACAAGAAGAAUAUGAUAGAAUAGAUUGUCUACCUGAUGCUAAUAAAUAUACAGAUGAACGGACAGAAUGCACAAGAAGAAAUUGUAUAUGGAGACCGGUGAAUGAUGUUGAUGGUAUACCGGUCUGUUUUAUUGAUAACUCACAAUAUGGUUAUAAUAACGUAAACUUGACGUCAACCGUCGGUACAGAAACAUUAUAUCAUUUACAGUGGAGAAACCAAUCUCAGAUGUUCACUGGUGAUAUAUUCAAUGUAACUCUAGCAGUUGAUUAUAUCAAUAAUAAUCUUAUCAGAUUAAAGUUAUUUGAUCCAAGUUCAUCAAGAUAUGAAGUACCCGUUAGUUUAAAUUUUGAACGAGCAACAGUUAACAAUCCCAAGUAUAAAUUCAUCUACGAAAUAGACUAUUUAAAUAGGGUCUCAUUUAAAAUUAAUAGACGUUCAACUAAUACAACUAUAUUUGAUACAUCAAUUGGUGGAUUAACAUUCGCUGACCAGUUCUUGCAGUUAGUGACCAGAGUACCUUCUAAGGAUCUUUAUGGUUUUGGUGAAAAUCGACAUUUCAGUCUACGUCAUGAUUUCAACUAUACAAGAUGGCCGAUGUUUUCAAGGGAUCAAGCACCCGGAUGGGGAGAUUAUGGUAAUCUAUACGGUGUUCAUCCAUUUCAUUCCUGUAUUGAGGACGACCAGGGUAAUACACAUGGUAUACUCUUACUCAAUAGUAAUGCAAUGGAGAUUGGUUUCCAGCCCUCUCCAGCUAUAACCUACAGAACUAUCGGUGGGGUGUUAGAUUUUUAUAUAUUCCUUGGCCCAGAACCAGAGUCAGUCAUUCAGCAGUAUACAAAUAUGAUUGGUCGACCAUAUCUACCUCCAUAUUGGUCUUUAGGGUUUCAGUUAUGUCGCUAUGGUUACAAUAGUUUACAAACUAUGAAAGAAGCAGUAGAUAGAACUAUUGCUGCAGAUAUUCCUUUUGAUGUACAAUAUGCUGAUAUAGAUCAUAUGGAUGAAAGAAUGGAUUUUACUAUUGAUGAGACUAAUUUUGACGAUCUGUCUAAGUUUGUAAGAGAUCUUCAAGAUCGAGGGAUGCGAUUUAUCAUUAUAUUGGAUCCUGCGAUUAUCAGUAAUGUGACAAACUACAGACCAUAUGAGCUAGGCCUAGAGAAGAAUAUAUAUAUCAAAUGGCCAACUGGUAUGAAUCCAGACUAUGAUGAAUAUCAAAAUGAUAAUGUUCUCGGAUAUGUAUGGCCCAAAGGGAAAACAGUUUUCCCAGAUUUCUUGAACCCAAAUUCUAGUUCUUACUGGAGUGAAUUGAUUGUUGAUCACUUUAACGAAAUACCUUACGAUGGGCUGUGGAUUGAUAUGAAUGAACCAGCUAAUUUUGGAACCAAUGAAGAAAGGCCUUUUAACUGGCCAGAGAAAGAUAAACCCUACUGGAGUUUAAAAUGUCCUACCAACAAAUGGGAUGAUCCUCCAUAUAAACCAAUAUCUGUUUAUGGUCCUCGGUUAUCGGAGAAGACUGUUUGUAUGGUCUCACUACAGAAUAAUGGUGUUUAUAGACAUUAUGAUGUUCAUAGUUUAUAUGGUUGGAGUCAAACAGAACCAACAUUAAGAGCACUACAAACAGCCUCUGGUAAACGUGGAAUGGUUAUCUCAAGAUCUACAUAUCCUGGCAGUGGUCAGUAUGCUGGUCAUUGGUUGGGUGAUAAUGACAGUAGCUGGAAACAUCUGUAUGAUUCUAUUAUAGGAAUAAUUGAAUUCAAUUUGUUUGGCAUACCUUAUAUUGGGGCUGAUAUUUGUGGAUUUUUUGGUGAUUCAAGUCCUGAGUUAUGUGAGAGAUGGAUGCAACUAGGAGCUUUCUACACUUACAACAGAAACCACAACGGACUGAACAAUAAGCCACAAGAUCCUGCUGCGUUUGGUGCCGAGGUAGCAUCAUCAUCACGUAAAGCAUUGAGGAUAAGAUAUUCCCUCUUACCUUAUCUUUAUACUCUUUUCUUCAACGUUAACCAGCGUGGUGGUACUGUUAUCAGAGGAUUAUUUCAUGAGUUUCCAACAGAUGAAGUUGCAAGAAAAAUAGAAACUCAAUUUUUAUGGGGUUCAUCAUUUAUGGUUGCACCGGUCUACUUACCCGGAGUGUCAAGGCGAGAAGUAUAUUUCCCGGGUAGGUCAACUAUUUGGUAUGACUAUUAUACGGGAAGUACAAUUAAAUCUAGAGGAGGUUAUGAAACAGUUCCAGCACCAAGAGAUACCAUUCCAUUAUUUAUUCGAGGUGGUUCUAUAUUGCCAACUCAACGUCCUGCUAAUACUACAAUGUCUAGUCGACUGAAUCCAUUCAAGUUAAUAGUGGCGCCUGGUGACAAUGGUAUGGCCAGUGGAACACUUUUCUGGGAUGAUGGUGAGGGAAUAGGAAAUGUUGAAAAUGGCCAGUAUUUUACUGCAGAAUUCACGUCAACGACGACCACAGUAACAAUGGCAGUGACUAAACAACAUAACGUAGUCAACGUUUUAGAAAUACAUAGUAUUAUAGUAUUUAAUAUUCCAUCUAAGCCUUUAGCAACAGAACUCGCCAUUUCUGGAGCCAAUUCCAGUAACACUAACAUACAGUAUAACAGCUUUCAUAAGGUGCUAAAACUGUCAGGAUUCAAGAUUCCACUAUCCAACAACUUCACAUUAUCCUGGAUUUUACCAUAAAAAAAAUAUCAAUAUUUACUUCAUGUUUAUAUAGCUUUAAAUAAUGUUACUGUGAAAUCAAUAUCAUUUGGGAAUUGAUUUUCGUGAAUUUUGAAGAUAUCCAAUCAACCAACACAUAGAGAGUCUUCUUACAAAUUUAAUCAUUCAUAGUUUACAAUUCUCAAAAUCAGCAGUAGCCUUAGCCUAAAUGCUACUGAGUAAAUGGGGGAUUAAAAAGGCUGGUUCUAGCAGAGGGUAUCAAAACAAAAUUUUGGAAUUAAUAUUAAAUUGCACAAAUUUUUAUGAACUAUGAAAAACCAGGAAAAUUUACUUAGGAUAAAUAGAAAUCCACAAAUAUAUGUACCAGGGAAAAUGCUCUAGAGAAAUAUUCUACGCAAUUUCAUUCCUACAAAAUUAAAUGAUUUUACAGUAGCCAUUUCAUAUUAUCUUUCUUUAUAAAAUUCUUGGAUAUUUGUCCACAAAGUGUCUUUUAUAGUUUUGUUGCUAGUUUAAGAUUCACUAACCUAGGUACAUCAAAUUUGGAAUAUGGCCAAAAUCUUAGUUCUAGGUCUGUAUCAACAUUCUCUCAUUAUUAAUGUCGUGGAACUGCAUUCACUUCAUUAUAGUACAUGUAGGCAAACCAUAAGUCAGCCAUUCAGGCUUUGCAUGAGUUAUCAUUUUUUAUUUUAUUAAUGUUUUUAUUAUUUCAACAAAUUACAAAAAAAUUCUCAUAAUCUUAGAUGUGAAUAUUUCAAAUUUCUAUAUGCAAUAUGUUACACAGAACUAAUACAAAUUAAAGAUUUAUUCUCCUUGUUUAUUUCAACGACCUAAUCUAAUCCAGGAGUCGAUUACCACAAUCCCAAAGAAUCAAAACAAUUAGUUCAGUAGGUUAUAAAGCAUGUCAUAUAUGAUAUAAUUUGUUUUUCAUCAUUAUUAUUGGAGUUUUAAAUUACAGUUUUUUAAAUAUAAUAUUUUAUAUUACAUGUACUUUUAUUCUAUAUUUUAUUAAUAGAAUAAAAUAAGUUUAAAAUGUUUAUCAAUGUUUAAUGUAAAAUGUUUAGUUAGAUUCGAAAGUGUCCAAAACCAUUUAUUUCAUAUGCUAUAAGACUGAAAACUGCAUCAAAGUUCAUACUUCCAUCACUCCUUUCUAAUCCUGGCUACAAAUGAAUCAUAAGAGCAUAACCUUUCUUUUUAGUCACAUUUAAAUCCUCAUACUAAUGAUUGUGAUAAUUCUUUGCUUGCACACAAUCAUUUACAGAGGAAAUAACUCAAAAUUCCUCCCUUACAUAGAGGCAAUUGUUCCUAAUAUCCAAAUCCUCCCCUUUUACACAGGGGAAAUAACUAUCAAGCCUUUCACUCCAAUCCUUCCCUAACACAGGGGCAUUAAUUCCAAACCUUUCAA